GGUGACAGCCUCAUGCACUGGUGCUGGAAUUCCUAACCUAAUAACAUGAGGACUGGUGCUGAAUUAAUGCCUGGCUUUCUGUUCUGUACAGUGCAACAUUGUUUCCACUACAGCAGGUUGCAUCAGUACAUUUAUUUGUCAAAGCGCUCGAGCGGGUGAAGAGUUAACGUCGGCUCCGCGCGCUGCCUUUACAGACCCAGAUACGCUGCUCUCCGACACCGAGGAUGAAGAGGAGACAAACUCUGCGAUCCUCAUCCCACUUGCUGUAGGAUGCACGACGAAAGCCUGGUGAGGUGACUUUCAUUCCGAGACUGGAAGAAGAAUACAAGCAGUCAGAGAUGAAGAAAACGAGUCGUCAGGACACCUGACAUAACGCGACAUGGACGUCAUCUGGAGCUCAAGUGUGUGUGUGUGUGUGAGCAUGAUCUUAUUGGCGGAAUCUAUAAAGUUAACGCGCUCGCUUUAAAUUAGGUUAAUUGCGCCAAUGUUUAGCACAUCUGGAGUCUGAGAUUUGCAUCAGAAGAAACGCAAAAGCAUCAUCGAGAGAAAUAUGGCUCGCCUCUUCAUUCUGCUCAACUCCGUCGCACUGUUGCUUUUUGGCACGGACAGGUUUUUGGUCGGAGCAAAUCGCCCACCUGCUCCAGUCAAUGUGUCAGUGAUGAAUCUGAGAGCUGAUUCAGCCACAGUGACUUGGGAAGUUCCAGAAGGCGACAUCAUUAUUGGCUUCUCAGUUUUACAGCAGAAACAGGAUGGCCACAUGCAGCGCUUUAUCCGGGAGGUAAACACCACCAGCAGGGCCUGUGUGCUUUGGGAUCUGGAGGAGGAGACAGACUACAUAGUCCAGGUCCAGUCUAUCGGCUUGUAUGGAGAAAGUCAGGCAAGCAAGCGCGUCCACUUCAAAACCCUCAAGAAGUCAGACCGCUUCCCUUCCAACAGCUCAAACCAAGAUGAUCCAACUGUUGAAGGUCUCGACAAGACUAGGAACCUGCAAACAGGAGAGAUGAUCAUCAUUGUGGUGGUGCUGCUUAUGUGGGCAGCGGUCAUCGCGCUCUUCUGCCGGCAGUAUGAAAUCAUCAAGGACAAUGAUAACAGUAACAGCAAAGAGAAGGUGAAGCCGUUGUCUGAGAGGAGCACGCCAGAGCAUCACAGUGGAGGACUGCUCAGGAGCAAGUUUCAUCAGUCUGUGCCAUCCAUCAACAUCAUCGAAGUCUAAUGGGCUGAGUGAAGACGUCUGCUAUUCUCACUGUCAACAUGACGUUGCUGUAAACCUUCUCCACCACAGGGUCAGGAUGCCACGUGCGAGGACCCACUGGCUAAUCCCAACCCAACCUACAACUUUUUAUCCUUCAACUAUGAGCGUGCAUGCUCAACAUGUUAAAAGCAAUCUAUUCCUCUAGGGCAUCUGUACAUAAAGUCAAGUACAGAUCAUUGGUUUUAUAUUUAUUCAGUGAUUUAUUCUGGGAUUAUGCAACUACAGUACAUUGUAUUUUUGAUAUGGUACUGUUGGGUCCAGAGAAAGGCAACUGUGGAAAAGCAAGAUUUUAUGAUUUUAGGCGCGCAUGCAUGUGUCACAGCCGCUGAAAUUCUUAAAUGAAGAUAAAGUAUGGGCUUUGGGACAUACUGUAAAUCAAGUAAGCUGUUAUGCCAAAAAAGAAGUUUAAAGGCUCAGCACAAGUUCCUAGAACUUUUUUUCUUCUUCUUCUUAAACAAAUGAAAGAUUAUAAUGUCCUGUCAUGGCCAGAGAUACAGUAUCAUGAAGGCCGUUUUGAUUUGAAUCUAUCAGACCUGAUUAAAACUUUCACUCGCACUUCACAGUAUGUGUAUACAGUACACAAAGGUCCAUAAGUAUUUGCAAACGAACACAAAUAUUGUCAUUUUUACUUUAUUACCCCAAGAGUAUUUUUAAUUAAAUAAUCAAUAUGUGAUUUAAAUGUAGACUUUCAGCUUUAAUUGCAAACAUUGUUUUAUUUCAUUAUAGUCAUUUGUUCCCACACAGUCCCUCCAUUUUACAGGCUCAAAAUUAACUGGACAAAGAUAAAUGCCUAAUACUUAAAAUCUAUGGACAUCACCAUAUACUAAUUUUUUUUUUUUGUUGUUUGUUUUUUGUCCAUUGAUAGAAAUAAUUAUAACCCAACUGAGAACUAGCUUUACUUUGGCUUUAGUUAACACAUUAUAAACAUACAACUAA